AUGUCCACAUCGGCCCUCUCAACCAUCGGCCCGCCCAACUUUUCUCUCAGAGGCAAGCUCGUGCUCCUCACUGGCGGUGCCCAGGGCCUCGGCCUUGCUAUGGGUCAGGCCAUCGUUGCCAGUGGCGCAGAUCUUGCCCUGGUUGACUUGAACAAGCAUGAGGCCCAAGUCCAGGCUGACCUCAUGAUGGACGCCUUCGAAGCCAAGCAUCCCAACCAAAGACCUCCGAUCGUCACUGGUCACUAUGCCAACGUCGCCGACGAGACCAGCGUUGACGCAUGUGUUGCCGAAGUGGUUGCCACCCACGCAGCCACCAUCAGCGGCCUCGUCACCUCGGCCGGCUUCGUCGAGAACUUUCCGGCCGAGGACUACCCACCCGCCUGUAUGCGUGCUCUCUGGGCCGUCAACGUUGACGGCACCUAUCUGUUUGCCACCGCUGUCGCCCGCCACCUGCAAAAUGCCCGAGCAGCAGCAACGGUCGAGACUGGCACCGGAAAGCAGGUCCCCGAGGCCAGCAUGGUCCUCGUCGGCAGCAUGAGCGGUGCCAUUGUCAAUGUGCCCCAGCCACAGGCCCCCUACAACAUCUCCAAAGCUGCUGUUCGCCACAUGGCCGCCUCUCUUGCUGUUGAAUGGGCCUCUGCCGGUAUCCGCGUCAACUGUCUCUCGCCCGGCUACAUGCAGACCCCUCUGACCGCCGCCCUCCUCAAUGCCGACCCGGCUCUGCGCCGCCGCUGGAUCACCGGCGUGCCCCAGGGCCGUCUCGGCCUGCCCGCUGACCUCGCCGGCCCGGUCGUCUUCCUGCUUUCUGAUGCUGCCCGCUACGUCACCGGCGCCGACCUGCGCGUCGAUGGCGGCUACACCCUCAUCUAG